AUGGAAAGGCAGCACUGUGUCACCGUGCUCCUCUACUUUACAUACUGUCUGUCAGGUGGCAUCAGGUUAGUUGGCUCUUCGAACAACUGCGAUUGGAAAGUUGAGCUUUCCAAGUGUGGACAUAGCAGCCAUCUGAAGGAGGCCGGUGAGGUGUGCAGAGAGCUCCGAUGUGACAAAGCGGUGGAUGCAGGCGGCUCUGGUUCUCGGAGCGUGUGGCUGAAGAAGGUCCACUGCAGAGAUCAGGGGGCCCUGAGCCAAUGUGUGAAGAAUACUCCCUGCCCCCAAGGAGACGCCCAAGGGGCCAUCUCCAUGCAGCCGGCCUCAGACGUGAACUGGGGAGAAAGCCUUACAAUUCGGGGGCUUUACUCAGCCGAUUUCACAUUGGCAAAAGUGAAGUUUGAAGACGAGGGAGUUUACAAGUGCUGCUAUGAACAGAAAAUCAGUGAGUCAUGCAGAUCCAAGAAGUUCACUGUGACUGUAGAUCUCCAGGUGCCAAACAUCUCUGCAUUCUCCCCUGACCAGCAGCAGUGGUCUCAGAGCGGCGUGGAAGUCACCAGGGGUCAACGUUUUGUCAUAGACUGCUCCACUUCUGCCUGCUCCCCAGAAGGACUUUUCAUAUUGAGCUUCCCUGCCUCCAACAGUUCCAUCACUGAGCCUUCCCUCAACCACUCUGCCUCCUUCCACUUCCCUGAGUCCCAGCAGCAGCACCAGGGCAUCUACAGCUGUGUGUUCCAGAUCACUGGGGCCGGACGCACCUACACCUCCCCCACAUCGGCACCCCUCAUGGUGACAGUGAAGCAACCUCUGCUGCCUAUCAUCCUCCCCACGGUCGCUGUCAGUCUGCUACUUCUCAUCUUGAUUGGGUUUUACUUUUGUCGGAGAAGAAGACGACGUGUAGCCAAGUUUGUAACCUCAACCCCAGCUCUGAAUACCAUGACAACCGUGAACCGUUAUGAAGAGUCAGAUGAUGAAGAGGAGGAUGACUAUGUGAACGCUCCUGGAGGAAAGAACGAGGACAGCAGCGAGGAGCCGGAUUAUGUGAACAUAGGAGAGAUCAGACUGAACAGUACUUACCGGUGUGCUGGGAGAGUGGAGAUCCUCCAUAAUGAUGAAUGGGGAACAGUGUGUGACGAUGAUUGGGACGAGUCUGACGCUGAGGUGGUGUGCAGACAGUCGAGCUGUGGAUCAGCCGUACAGGCCGUAGGUCAAGCCGGUCUUGGAGAAGGCUCUGGUCAGAUCUGGCUCGAUGAUGUGGAAUGUUUCGGAAAUGAGAACUCUUUAAGUCUUUGUAGCCACAAACCAUUUGGAUCGCAUGAUUGUGGUCACGGUGAAGAUGCUGGGGUGCUGUGCUCAGAGUUCUUAAAGCAGCCUCCCCAAAUGUCCGUGUCUCCUCUGAAGCUCACAUGGGGCCAGAACGCCAGCGUCACCUGUUCCUUAGCCGGCUACUCAGGAGGAACAUUCAUCCUGAAACGCUUCAAGCAGUAUCUUUUGAUUUCAAGCUCCAAUCCAGCAAUUUUCAUCUUGCCCCAAGUGACCUUUGACAAUAAGGGGCCGUAUCACUGUGUGUACCAGAUCGAUCUCUUAGAUGAAGUCUUCCAAUCCCCUAAAAGUGACUCUGUUGUUCUCACGGUGUUCCCCCCCACCCCCAGCCUGUGUGUGUCGUCUCCUGCUGAGGGACAGUGCACCUCAGACAUCGGCCAUGUUCCUCAAGGGGGAAGCUUUGUUCUCCUCUGCUCCGUUCCCUCAGAUAUCCCAGAAGGCCUCUUUACACUGAGCUUCCCUGGCUCAAACAGCUCCAUCUCUGAGCCUUCGGUCAACCACUCAGCCUCCUUUCACUUCCCUGAGUUCCAGCAGAAGCUCCAGGGCCUCUACAGCUGUGUGUUCCAGCUCACUGGGGCCAGCCGCACCUACACCUCACAAACAGCCUCUAUUCACAUCAUUCAAUUGCCCUCGAUGGUGCCGGUGGCCAUUGCAGUGGGUGUAAGUGUUCUCCCGAUAGCCCUGGUGUCACUGCUCUGUUUUUGGUCUAUAAGAUCCCAAGGUCACCGAUCACAGAGCACCACGCGAGCACAGAUGAAUGUGGCCGGAAAUCAGGAUCUUUAA